AUCUACACGACAGGACGCACGAUGAUGUGAACACACUAAGUAGUAGCCUGAUGAUCUAGUAGUUUGAUGAUCAUUGCCAUAAUUAGCGGAACGGCAUGGAAAAGUAUGAGCAAACCCACCCUUGAAAGCAUUUCAAGCAAAGAAUUGCAUCACCCCAAGUAAGUCGCAAAAUUACAGAAGUAGGCCUAUUGCACAUAUGUAAAGCCUAGAAUGAUCCCGCAUCAUGUUCAGAAUUUAAUCAUUGACUGGCGCAUAAACGCUCUUUAACAAUAGCCUAGGCUAUAUGGAAAAAUUAGAACACUGUGGAAAUGUUGAAGUUUGCAGAUGUAAGUUAUAAUAAUGAUUAGCAUGUAACAUUUAUGGGGAAACAUAAAGCUACCAUAAUUCCAACAAAAAAUAUUAAUUGGGUCAAAUUUACUGCAUAAAUACGUGGCUACUGUCUUGAAAUUGUAUUUUAUUAUACGUGUUUACAUAUGCUUAAUAGUAAUAAUGUUUAUACAUGUUGUUGUGAUGUGCAGCCUAGGAAGUAUGGUUUAAAAAAAAGAAGAAAAAAAACAAUCAGAAAUGAUAUAUGUAAAACCUAUUAAUUUCAUGUAUCUUAUUUAUUUGUCAUACAAUCAUCAAUUCAGUUUCGAUAUCGAACCAAGACGGAUUUCUCGUUGUGAUUUCUAUUGUUCGUUCAAAGUCGUACCCUCCACUAGAUGGCAACACAGACCGAUCUGAUAGCAGCUCAAAUUUAUGUUGAUAGACGUAACCAGCAUUGAGGUAUUAUUAUAUACAUCGUUGUCUUCUAGGAUGGAUGACAUUUAUGACUUUAUGAAGUCAAGAAACGUUUCAGAUGACAUCAUACAGCGAAUGCAACAGGAUAAGAUUGAUUGCAGUGUCAUACAGCUUAUGACAGAUGACCAGCUGAAGGAAUAUCUGCCUUCCUAUGGUGACCGACUGGCUGUUCAUGGAUACUGCAGGCGAAAAGAACAAGAUCCCAGUGGCCGAAAAGCUAAACUUUUUGAUCGGCUGAGAACCAGGCUAGCAAGAAGCAAAGGUGACACUGACAAUGUAUGUGAAAAAACAAUGUCAAAAAAUGCUCAAAAGAGUAUGCGAAAAAUUGAGAUGGGAUGGAUGCAUUUUCGAGAAGGGAAGUUUACUCAGGUCCGAACAAAAAAAGGUGGGGGUACACGGAAAAUCUCUGUGUCAAAGGACUGUAGAAAAAAGGAUCUACUUGAAAAGGCUGUCAAGUUGUUUUUUCCUGGUGAGAAAAGUUCAGAGGGAAACUUCACAGAUUUUGUGGUUGAUGUAACAGACUUUAAAGAGCAAGCAAUAGAUGACCAGAUUACAGUUGGAGAACUUUAUGAGCUGACCAAAUUACCAGUCUUGCGUUUUUACUUGACAACCAAGAAGAAAAUCAUCCCUAGUGACACGCAGUCAGACACACAGUUCCACUUCAGCAGCGAAACAAUUGCGCAGAGAGUGGAAAACAUGCAAGAUUCCUGGUCUCCCACACGUACCAGCCAGUCCGCUCUGUUCUCUGAGAAUGUUGAGCCAGAUCUAAUUUACAUAAGCAGUAGCGCUGUAAUUGCAACAGGCAGUGAUGAUGUUUUUUUGUCUGACUCAAUAACUAGCGUGCCUGAUGCAUCAAGUGCGAUUGAGACUGAUGCAGCCAGACAGCCAGAGGUGGACAAUCUGGAGGAUAGUGGCACUGUAACAGUCUCCACUGGACACAUCUCUGGGCUGGAAGACACUGCGCUAGAUGACACCUUACCUCUUUUAGAGGAAUCAUAUUCUGUUCCUUCUCCAAUUGAUAACUCACCAGAGCCGUUUGUUCAGAGUGAAAGGGUGAAGAAAAUUCUUGUUAUUCAUCGUGGCCAGGCCCUUCGACAGCUUAUUGCACAUUUUUGUGACAAAAGUGUCUUGACAGAUAACAUAUCUAUGAAAGUCAUUCUUCCUGAUGGACGGCUAGAAAAUGCUGUUGAUGAAGGGGGGGUUUUGAGGGAUGUGCUUUCUGAGUUUUGGAAUGACUUUUAUGAGCAAUGCACUUUGGGAAAUAGUUUUAAGGUCCCUUAUCUACGACAUGACUUUGGUCAACAAGAGUGGGAAAGCAUUGGCCGAAUCAUUGCAUUUGGUUGGCUAAAAGAGAAGUACCUGCCUGUAAAAAUAGCACCUGUAAUGCUGGAACAGGCAGCUCAUGGAUGUGUCACAACAAGUCUUGUGGACUGCUUUCUCAGAUAUGUUACAGAAUCAGACAGGGUGAUCCUAGAAUCAUGCCGUUCACAUUUUGAAGAUGUGGACAAAGAAGAGCUGUUUGAGGUGAUGGAUCAUCAUAACUGUCGAAGAGUCCCAACAGCAGAUAAUAUUGAGCAGCUCUUGGAGGAGAUGGCACAUCAGAAGUUGAUUCAAGAACCUGCGUUUGUGAUAGAGCAGUGGCAUGAUGUGCUUGCACCUAUGAGAAUUGAGCUCCAGGACAUCGCAGCUGCCUAUGAUGAACUCCAACCGACAUCAAGAAAGGUCAUGAAAUCAAUAGCUUACCCUGCUACGAUGAAUGUACAACAAAAACAAACUGGCAGGUAUCUAAGUACAUUUCUUAGAGAAUCAGAUAAACAACACCUGUCCCUCUUCCUUCGGUUUUGCACCGGGUCAGAUUUGUUCCUGGGAAAGAACAUCACCGUUAGCUUCACACAACUGGAAGGCUUUCAAAGACGACCCAUUGCACACACAUGUGGCUGUCACCUGGAGCUGCCUGUGAAUUAUGAUAACUACCCAGAGUUUCGCCACGAAAUGAACAAAGUGUUAGAGAGCAACAUAUGGGUCAUGGAUAUAGUCUAGGACACUUAGUAUAGGCCUACUAUUUAGGAAGGAACUGAAGCUAAGCUUAAACAACCUAAAAAGCUUUAUUUUUUGUUUUUUUCUCAAGAUGUGAUUUACAUGUUCACAUUUCCAAAGUUCCUGUUAAUAUUCUCUCUAAGGCACAAGAGAAGGAACUGAAGUUAAGCUUAAACAACAUAAUUGAGGUCAAAGCAAGCUUUAUUUUUUGUUUUUGUCUUUUUUUUUUUCCAAGAUGCGUUUUACAUGUUCACAUUUCCAAAGUUUCUGUUAAUAUUCUCUCUGAGGCACAAAGUUUGAAAGGGCCUUUUUGAUAUUCCAGUAACAAAGAUUCUACAAUUUGUCAUGUAUUUUGAUAAA